GCAGUCGAUAAAAGGAGUGUCUCUUUAUAAAAUAAAAUGGCUUCUAAAAAUUCCUUCUGCACAGACGAGCUCUCCUGUCCUGUAUGUCUCCACAUUUUCCAGGAUCCUGUCGUCUUACCGUGCAGUCACAGUGUUUGUAGAGGUUGUCUGCAGCGCUUCUGGAGCAGUAAUAGACAGCAAUGUCCGAUUUGUCGCAAACGAUCGAAAUCGAGCAGUCCUCCAUCUAACUUGGUGUUAAAGAACGUUUGUGAGUCUUUCCUGCAGGAACGCAGUCAGGGGGCUUCAGCAGAACUGUUCUGCAAUCUGCACAAUGAGAAACUCAAACUCUACUGCCUUGUGGAUAAAAAGGCUAUUUGUGUAGUAUGCCAAUCUUCAAAGAUUCAUAAAAAUCACGACUGCUGUCCUGUAGAUGAAGCUGCACAUGACCAGAAGGAGGAACUCAAGAGUGCAUUGAGGUCAUUACAAGGGAGGCUUGAUAAAAUGCAAGAAAUCAAAGUGACCUGUAAUCAAUCAGCAAAUCACGUUAAGGUAAGUACAAAUCUAACAAUAGUUUGACAAACUGUAUAGAUAAAAGUGUGUGACUAGUUCCAUUAUCAACAACAUAUUGUCCAAAAGAUCCAAUAGACCUGCUAUAAAUACAGUAUUGCAAUAAAAUUUCAAGACACAGGCCAAUCAAACAGAGAGGCAGAUUAAAGAGGGUUUUAAGCUGCUUCAUCAGUUUCUCCAUGAUGAAGAGACAACUAAGGAUGGCUGGCGCGAAACAGACGUUCCGAAGCUUUGCGAGAUCCCGAAGCAAAGAUGAUUCGAAACACUGAUCCGAAGCGUGAUUCAAAACACCCACGUCACGUGACAACGGCUAAAUGAAGCGUCUAAGUGUUUCAUCAGGUGGAGUGCUCCGCCGAAUCAGGGUUUCAUUGAUUGGUCGGUUCGGGAACAAAUCACACAAUCACACAGUAUAAAAGUUUUGUCAACGCAUUUUCAUAUCGUGGGUUUUUGUGAGAGGAGUUUGGUUUUGAGAUAGUGGAUUUUUGGUGAUAUAGUGACAUUUAUAGUGCGAUUUGUUUAGUUAUAUUUAGGAUUUAAUUUACAUUUACACAUUGACUUAGAGACACACAGAGUACAUAUAGUGACACAUGAAUAGAUGCAUUGAUAUAUAUAUAUAUAUAUAGAUAGAUACAUAUAGAUUAUUAGAUAGAUAGGCUACAUAUAAGAUAGAUAGAUAGAUAGAUAGAAAUGGAGGCUCCACAGAAGAGAUGCCGUACAUCUGUGGUGUGGGAGCAUUUCCAUUUGGAA